AUGCAUUCUGGCCGCGACUGGAAAGCUCUUGCGACUGUUGCGGUUUUCGCAGUAGCAGGUACUAAGUUUUUCGAAAAAUUCUAUCAAAGCUUCAAGGCUAGUCGCAACCAAACAAUUACACACAGCGCUAAGAAGAAUGAUGGUAUCAAAAGCGGUUUGGAGGCAAAAUACGACGAUGAGCUCAUUCGCGAGCAACUAGCCCGUAACUAUGCCUUCUUGGGAGAAGAUGCAAUGGAAAAUUUGAAAAAUCAAUACAUUGUUGUAGUGGGUGCGGGAGGUGUGGGCUCUUGGGUAGUAACUAUGCUAGUUAGGUCAGGAAUCUACAAAAUCAGAGUGAUCGACUUUGAUCAGGUUUCCCUCAGCUCAUUGAAUAGACACAGCUGUGCUACUUUGAAAGAUGUUGGAACCUCGAAAGUGAAUUGCUUGAACGAUCACCUGCGUGAAAUCGCUCCAUGGUGCGAAGUUGACGCCGUGAAUGAGUUGUGGAAUAAAGAAAAUGCGGAUCGUUUGAUCUUUGGCGAAAAUGGUCAGCAAAAACCAACUUUUGUGGUCGACUGCAUCGACAACAUUGAUACGAAGGUCGAUCUACUAGAAUUUGUUUACCGUAACGAAAUACCUGUGAUAUCGUCCAUGGGUGCUGCUACUAAAAGUGACCCAACCAGAAUCAAUGUAGGAGACCUGACGACCACAGAGGAAGAUCCUUUAGCUCGUUGUGUUAGAAGACGCCUAAAGCAGAGGGGGAUUAUCAAGGGCAUAACUGUGGUUUUCAGUGCCGAAAAACCAGAUCCACGCAAGGCAUCUUUGCUUUCGCUACCUGAAGAUGAAUUCCAGAGGGGCAAAGUUGAUGAGUUGAGCGCUAUCAAAGACUUCCGUGUUCGCAUACUUCCUGUUCUUGGAACGAUGCCUGGCGUUUUCGGUCUCACCAUCGCAACUUGGCUAUUGACAAAGAUAUCAGGCUAUCCUAUGGAACCCAUAGAAGGCAAGAAUAGGAUCAAAGUCUACGAUGGUAUCUAUCAAUCGCUUGCAGGUCAAAUGACGCGUAUCGGAAUGCCAGAUCAACGUGUCCCUGUCGCACUCAAGGACGUCGGGUACAUUUGUGAAGAAGUUUUCCGUGGGAGAUCACCCAUAAGCGGUUAUUCAACGAGACUGACGCUAUCCAAGUGGGACCCGUCACUCCCUGUGUCCGCACAGAAUGUUGUUGUCAUGACUAAGGAUGAGCAAAGGAACCAUGAAGAGCGUGUUCUUAACGGUGGUGAAAAGAUAUCAGAAGUUUAUUCAAAAGAGGUCUUGGAUAUGAUCUACAAAAGACUUGACGAGGAGAAAUACUACUCUCAGUUUAGAUAA